AUGUUCGUCCACAAGGCGAAGCUCGCACCUCACCUCCAUCUCAGAGUCCCCGCUAAGAGUGGCAAGUAUGGUUCGCGUUGGUCUAAUAAAGAUCUUGACCCCAUCCCUCCCGAGAAACGUACAUGGGGCGGCAUCGAUUAUUGGGCAUACUGGGCGUCGGAUAUGUUGGCCCCUCCGCUGGCUGCUACUGUUAGUAGUGUCAUGGCAUUGGGCUUCACAGCUAGAGAAACCAUCCCCAUCGUUUUCUUCGGGUUUGCAAUCUGCAGUGUGGUGAUUACGUUGACUGGCAAGAUGGGUGCUACCUACGCUGCUCCUUUCCCAGUCAUCAUCCGAAGCACCUUUGGGAUGUAUGGGUCGUUCCCAGCGAUUUGUAUUAGAGCUUUCGUUGCCCUUAUGUGGACUGCGAUUCUUACAGUACAGGCUGGAAAUUUUCUACAGCGCUGCAUCGAGGCUAUCUGGCCAAGCUUCAUUCACUUUCCGAAUCAUCUCUCGAAGGAUGCUGGCAUAGACUCUGCUGGGAUCCUCUGCGUGUUCCUGUACUGGUUCAUGCAGACUGCGCUUGCGCUCAUGCCCAUUUCAAAGCUGCGCAUCCUCUUCUGGGUCAAGGGUGUUGUUGUCCCGCCGACUUUCUUCGCCUUGUUUCUCUGGGCGGUUAUUGUAACAAAAGGCGGUGGUCCUCUGAUCAGGGGGAAGGUUGAUAUAAAGUCUGACUACAUGAAUUCUGCAUACUCAGCCCUUACAGGACUUAAUGUCAUCAUCGGCCUCUUCUCAUCAUUAGCUGUCAACAUGCCAGAUUUCGGUCGAUUUUCCAAGAAUAGGCUCGCGGGUCCCCAUCAGUUUCUUGCUCUUCCAAUCAUCGGCACGCUAGGUGCUCUUACACCCAUCUUUGUUACUGACGCCCACUCCUAUCUGUGGGGUGAGUUCGAGUGGUACAUGCCGGCGGUCAUAGCUAAGUUCGACUCCCGUGCUGCGAAGUUCUUCGUUUCUGCCUCCUUCAUUCUUGCAACCAUUGGCAAUCAGGUCGCCGCCGGUACCUAUCCUUUCUCAAACGAUAUCACGGGGAUGGCACCGAAGUAUAUCAACAUCUUCAGGGCUACCAUCUUCAUCUCGAUCUUCUGUAUCAUCUCUACGCCAUGGAACAUCAUCAAGAAUGCAUCCGGUCUGCUUGCUUUUCUAUCUGGCUAUUCUUGUCUCAUGGGCCCUCUCGCUGGUACAAUGGUCUGCGACUACUACCUCAUCAAGAAAUGUAAACUCGACGUUGAUCAAUUGUACACUGGUCGUGGUAUCUACUGGUACAACGGCGGCUGGAACUGGAGAGCAUACGUGUCCUUCAUCAUGGGCUUCGCUCCUCUUCUAGCUGGAUUUGCAAAGAGUAUUGAUCAUUCGCUCAAUGUUGGCGGUGCUUGGAAGAUUUACACAUUCGCUUGGAUCUUUGGUUUCUUCCUGUCGCUUCUGACGCACUACAUUAUCUGCACCUACGUCGCAGUGCCGACAGAGUCCUUGGUUGAGCAUGCAGUCUACCCGCCACAGAAGGAAGAAGAGACCUCUCCUGUCCUUGAAGGUCAAGAUGAACUAGCGAAGGAGACAUAUGUCACUAAGGAGAAGGAGAUAGCCGAUAUGGCCUAG